CAUGAUUUUUGUAUGACCAGAUUUUAAUCUAAAGGAAUUGGUUAUGGUAUGGCCUGCUCAGAUUCUAUUAAUCUAGGCAAUCCUUUUCCAUCACCUUGCAAUUGCGCUUAAAAUUUAACUGAGCAUUUGAAAUUAAAUUAUCUAAUUGAAAAAUGUCAAUCUGAUGUAGAAUGUGAAAUGAAUGGAGAAAUUAUAUAAAAUUUCUUCAAUAGUGAAUUGUUAAAAUGUUCAUGUACUUAUGUAUAAUGCAAUAAUAACACCAUUGAUUCAAAUGGAGAUCCUAUUAUUAUAGAUGACCCAAUAGAGUGCUGGAAUGCAACUGCUUGUGUCACACCUGAAUAGUGUACAAGUUUAAAUGGAGUAUGA